AUGGCGAUCGUGAGCCCUAAUUUUUGCGCACCGUACCCGAUAGAGUUGGGAAUCGUACGAAAGGUGAUGACGAUAACAGAUGGUAACUUCGCUGUCACAGACGUCAACGGGAAUCUUCUUUUCAAAGUCAAAGAACCUCUGAUUAGCCUCAGCGACAAAAGGGUCUUAUUGGACGCAUCAGAUACUCCACUUUUGACCUUGAAAGAAAACAGGGUGAGCUUGCACGAUAGGUGGCAAGUAUUUAGAGGAAAGAGUACAGAGCAAAGUGAUCUGGUAUACACAUUGAAACGAUCGUCCAUGUUUCAAUUGAUAAAGCCAAAACUAGACGUGUUUUUGGGGAUUAAUAAGGAAAUGAAGAUAUGCGGCUUCCAUGUCAAAGGAAGCUGGAUCGACCGGUCAUGUGUCAUCUACGCCGGAAAUUCUGAUGUCAUUGUUGCUCAGAUGCACAAGAAACAUACCGCACAGAGCAUAUUAAUAGGGAAGAGCAAUUUCUCGGUUACUGUUCAGCCGAAUGUUGAUUUUGCUUUUAUUGUCUCUCUCAUUGUAAUUCUCGAUGAUAUUAACAAAGAAGAUUCAGAAUAG